AUGCUUCUCGCCAGAGCGCUCGGGAUGUUUAUCUCCACAAUCCACAUUGUGCCCUGGGCUCGAGCUCACACUCGGCCCCUUCAGUGGACUCUGUUGCCUUUUCAAAAAGACAUUGCCAGCUCCAACCAUCGCAAAGUUCGUUUGAGCCCCGCUCUGCGCCUCUCCUUCUGCUGGUGGACCAAGGUUCAACACCUCUCCAAGGGCAUGUCGUUCAGAGAACCCCGCAGAACCGUCGUGACCACAGACGCCAGCCUCAUAGGUUGGGGAGCCCACUGCAACUCCCAGUACGUUCAGGGGGUUUGGCCCAACGCAGAGCGAGCUCGAAGCAUCAACUGGCUGGAACUAAAGGCUGUCCACUUGGCUCUAUGUCAUUUUCAGUCUCUGUUCCCUUUGCAUCAUGUGCUCAUUCGAACAGACAACACGUGUGUAAAAUCACAUUUGAACAGACAGGGGGGCACCAGGUCUCGUCCUCUGCACGACUUAGCCUCCCUCAUCUUUGUCUGGGCAGAACAACAUCUACAAUCCCUGAAAGCAGAGCACCUCAGAGGGAUUUGGAAUGUGACAGCAGACUGGCUCAGCAGACAACAGGUCUUCCCGGGAGAAUGGAAACUUCAUCCAGCCAUUUUCCAUCGUCUCCAGUGUCGGUUCAGCGCCCUCUCAGUCGACCUGUUUGCUUCCAGUCACAAUUGCCAGCUUCCAAGGUACUUUGCUCGAUACCUGGACUCAACAGCAGAAGCAGUGGAUGCUCUGACAACACCGUGGCCAGACGGUCUAUUGUACGCCUUUCCUCCCAUACCAUUGUUAGCCAAAACCUUGAGGAAGGCGCGAACUGAAAGGGCACAGCUGGUUCUGAUAGCACCAUUUUGGCCACGCCGACCGUGGUUCUCAGAUCUUCUGGCAAUGUCAAUGAUGGAUCCUUGGACACUUCCAGUAACGCCACACCUCCUAUCCCAGGGUCCAGUACUGCACCAGGACCCUACUUGGCUCAAUCUAACAGCGUGGCGUUUGAACGGAGACACUUGAGGUCAGCUGGACUGUCUGACGCUGUGAUUGAUAUUAUUUUGGCCUCGAGAAGACCAUCUACCACUCGCAUUUAUCAACAUACCUGGGUGGCUUUCUCCAAGUGGUGUCAGUCCCACCACCACGAUCCAUCCCAGGCCAAUGUGCACCAGGUGCUCCAAUUUCUCCAUAGUGGCUUUAUGAUGGGACUUCGACCCAACACUCUACGUCGACAUGCGUCUACUCUGUCAUCCAUUCUCUCAGUGUCCUCUCCUGGAGAUCAUAUUUCCUCACAUCCGUUCAUCAAACGUUUUUUGAGGGGAGUCGCCCUACGUUCUCCGGCUGUUGUCCAUCGGUUCCCCUCAUGGAGUUUGCCGAAAGUCCUGCAGGCUUUGCAACGCCCUCCGUUUGAACCCAUCAGGACUGUGCCCCUACGCAUACUGUCCUUCAAGGUCCUGUUUCUGAUUGCAAUCACAUCUGCCAGACGCGUUUCGGAGUUGGGCGCAUUGUCUUCUGCUAGACACCUCUGCGUCUUCCAUAAGGACUCUGUUGUGCUGAAGACUGACCCUUCCUUUCGUCCCAAGGUCGAUUCAGUUUUUCAUUGCAACCAGGACAUUGUGUUGCCUUCCUUUUGCCCGGAUCCUACCCAUCCUCUUGAAAAGGCUUGGCAUUCGUUAGAUGUCCGGAGGGCUCUCAAGACCUACCUGUCUAGGACCCAAGAGAUUCGACGAACGGAGUCUCUGUUUGUAUCCUUUCAUCCAAGGUCUAUGGGGCAUAAAGUAUCCAAUCCUACCUUAUCCCGUUGGUUAAGGGCAUGCAUUACCUUAGCAUAUGAGUCCCUGAAGCUGUCAGUUCCAGCUAGUAUAACGGCUCAUUCUACCAGGUCAGCUGCCACCUCGGCUGCUUUUGCCACUAAUGCUCCUGUUGCCGAUAUUUGUAGGGCCGCAGUCUGGUCUUCCCCACACUCGUUUAUAAGGCAUUAUAAAAUUGAUCGUUAUGCCUCUGCUGAUGCUUCUUUUGGCAGACGAGUGUUGCAACAGGUGCUUAAUGAGGAUUAACAUGUGGGUGGUCCCUCCCUAUAUGGGUUGCUUUGGUACAUCCCACAGUGAUGGCCCACUUCCUAUGGAAAAUGUACCAUUGGUCUCACCUGAAAGGUGAUUUUCAUAGGAAGGGGCCAUCACGACCCUCCCAGUUGGAGGAUGACUAGCGAUUUUAUCAAUGGGUUACAUGUUAUUGUUUCCAUAUUAUAUUUAAAUGUAAGAGUGAAGUCAAGACUUUUAGUUCUGUUAUGUUAUGAAGUUAUGAAGUUAUGUUAGAGUCAUGUUGUUAUGCAUGUGACUAUUAUGUUGUUUUCCUGGCGGGCCUGUUGGCCUUGUUCUUGUAUUUUUAGAUAUCUCUUUUAGACUCGCUACGAAUGAACUGGAGAGUGGGAGGGGCAUGACGUCCCUAGUCUUGACUUCAAAAACAUUCUUGCCUUCGCACGAUAGGUGGAACUAUUUCCCACAGUGAUGGCCCCUUCCUAUGAAAAUCACCUUUCAGAUAUGUGCAGGGCAACUUCCAUUUGUUUUGAGCAGUAGUCUUCAUCCUUUUCAGACUAGGGAGCCAGUAAUCUCAGCAUGCACUAUGGAGACCACUUUUAAUUUUGGCAAGGAGAAA